AUGAGAAAGACACUUUCGCUGAGUACUUUUCUCUUGCAGGACAAACUCGAGGAGCAGGCGAGGAAGAUGAAGGCAGAAACCAAACAGGUAGAGACCGAGUACGAGGCCCGACUGCGAGACUCGAACAUAGCCUACAACACCAAAGAUGACGAGGCAGCCGACCUGAAGAGGGAGAACAUAGACCUGAUGAUGAAGAUGGGAAGAAAGGAAGAAGAAAUCGCAUCUCUAAAGCAGACGGUGAAGCAAGCGCAAUUGCAUCAGCGAAGGUGUGAGAGUAAGGCGAGGAAGCAUGAGGCCGAGAAGGAAGGUCUCAACGAGCAAAUCGCAGAUCUUCAGGAAUACAUUGCAACUUUACAGGCAGAGCAUGAAAGGCUGAAAAGUCUCAAAGCAAGGGAGAAGACGAAGGAGAAAGAGGCAGCCAACGCGAGAGGCGAGCUUGAGAAGAAGCUCAGUAGACGAGACAAGACGAUCGAGGCCCUCAAGGUAGGGGCGAGCUGGUCCUUCGCACACACGCGUUGGUGUUGAUGGUGGUAGCAACCAAAUAGAGACUAAUG